UGUAAUAUGUAUUCCGUGACUCCGGUCAUGCUUGUGGUGACGUAUCGCGCGGGAAAGAACGUCUCCUCGGACGUGAACAAGCGUCGACAGAUGUAGCGUCACUUCAACGGCGCUUCAACGUGACCAGGGGAAAACGAUACGGUGAAUGACGGCGACAGCGACGACUAUCUCGCGGAUGUCCUCUCCUUCGCUCAUCCCGAACAGCCGACUCAAUCAUCAUCGCCAGAGAACGACGUGCUACGGCAGCACAGGACUAACGAUAUUGCACGUAGGUGAGAAUGCGUACCCCUGCUGAAACCGAGACACUGACCCAGUCCGAAAUGUAUCAUCUGAAUACCGAGGAGACGGGAACGUCCGCUGACGUGAGCCAAGUAGUCCUGUCGUCCCCUCAUCCGGAGGCUCACAUCUUUACAAACAGGAAAGGCCAAAGCAACGAGGCUACUAGCGCCGUCAGCAACGUCGUCGUUUCGAACAACGUCGUCAUCGGCACGAGGAGCAUGUUAUGCAUCCAAGAGGAGCUGGGCCAGCUAAGUGCGAUCGCAGGGAGUGCCACAAUCACCGAUUCGCGAGAACCUCAAUUACCUAACAGCAGCCACACCAACUCGGAAAAUAAUAGUAAUUCCAGUGACAAAUGUAGUCCUGGAUCGGGAAGUCUCGAUUCGCAGCGAUCCAGUUGGGUCGAAGGCAUAUUAGGAUGCAUGCGUCCCGUUUGGACUAUGCUGUCCAAGGCUACUGUUAACGAGAAAAUCAAAGGUCAUUCGACGGAUGAUUGGGAGAUACCUUUUGAAUCGAUCAGCGAGCUGCAGUGGCUCGGGUCCGGUGCUCAAGGUGCAGUAUUUAGCGGGAAACUAAAUAAGGAGGUUGUAGCUGUAAAAAAGGUGAGAGAACCGAGAGAGACUGACAUACGCCAUUUGCGGAAGCUCAAUCAUCCGAAUAUUGUACAAUUCAAAGGAGUGUGCACACAAGCCCCGUGCUAUUGCAUAAUAAUGGAAUUUUGUCCAUACGGACCAUUGUACGACCUUCUGAGAGCCGGAGAACCGGUUCCUCCUACUAGAUUGGUGUCAUGGUCAAAACAAAUUGCUGCAGGGAUGGCAUACCUUCAUUCCCACAAGAUCAUCCAUAGGGACCUCAAAAGUCCAAACGUUCUGAUAGGACAAAGGGAAGUGGUGAAGAUCAGUGACUUCGGAACGAGCAGGGAAUGGAACGAGAUUAGUACAAGAAUGAGUUUCGCCGGCACCGUGGCGUGGAUGGCGCCGGAGAUUAUUAGGAAUGAACCGUGCUCGGAGAAGGUGGAUAUAUGGUCGUAUGGCGUCGUAUUGUGGGAAUUGCUCAGCGGCGAGAUACCUUACAAAGACGUGGACUCCUCUGCUAUUAUUUGGGGAGUCGGCAACAAUUCUCUUCGCUUGCCGAUCCCGAACAGCUGUCCCGAGGGUUACGGUCUACUGGUUAAACAAUGCUGGGCGGCUAAGCCGCGUAAUAGACCGUCCUUCAAGCUUAUCGAGAUGCACCUCUCCAUCGCGGCUGUCGACGUACUCUCUACGAAACCUGAAGAUUACUUUAAGGCCCAGCAAUCGUGGAAAAAGCAAAUAAGAGAACACAUGAUGCAGAUGCAAUCGAAUAGCAACAGCAGUCCGCGCUUCGAGGCCGAUUUAAUUCGGCGAAGGGAAGACGAAUUACGACAUGCUCAAGACAUCAGAGAACAUUAUGAGCGCAAGCUCGAGCGAACCAACAACCUGUACUUAGAAUUGAGCGCCGUAUUAUUGCAAUUGGAGCUACGUGAACGAGAUGUGAUAAAAAAUAAAUGUAUCUGCAGGAGAGAACAACAAUCUGGAUACAAACAGUGCAAGAAACGUCUUGUCCGUCCUUUAUUGAAAGCCCAGGAAAGGCUUUAUCGUAAACGGAACGGCACAGUGCACUUAUCCACCUCAUCCACGCCUACUACUCCACCUUCACCCACAGAUCUGCCGCAGAGUCCUGUCAAAGCCACCAUGUAUACGCAGUUGAACGAAUCAAACCAGCCAGAAAGCAUUCUAGCACCGAGUAAUAGUUUCAAGCAACGUAAAUACAGACAUCGUAGAGUGGGCUCGGGCUGCGGCAUGAGCUCCAGUCCUAGAUCGAGCCCACAUCGUGAAAGAAAAAGCACAGAAGUACCUGCGAGAUUCAUCGAUAAUCACACGCAAACGGACAUCAUGGAUAUUAGCGAAACCGACCACAGUCCGAUAGCGAAUGUGACGCAUUCUCUGACAGAGAAAUGCUCUUUGGACGAUGUUAGGAGGCACUCGUUGAGUAAAUCAAUGGUAGAAUGUUUAAACGGGAAUCCAGCUUUGCCGGACUCGCAUUAUAGAAUAGAAUCUAGUCCAUGCUCCAGUCCCGAACCUUUGGAUGAAAAUAACUCCAACGGAAACGAACGUUUGAAGGAUUGUAGCGACGAUGAUAAUCUCGAGACGCUUGGUAGAAAAGUCAGCGAGAUUAUAAACGCGAAUCGUCUUAUCUCACCCAUUGACAAUGGAAACGACGAGGAUGUCCUGUUAUCUCAUAGUAGGAAUAAAGAAGAUCCGGCCAAAUUAAUUCACUUUUGCGGUAUUAACGUCAACGGAUCAAAUCUGCAGCAAGAACAGCCCGAUAUUAUAGUGCGAACAGACACUACGGAUGAUCGCGAAGAUGAUGCAUGUGAAGAGAGCUGGUCAGACGAAGAAGGGGAGGAUCCGAGCUAUACUUACAAUUACUUGCGACGAAGAAGUAUCGCAAGGAGGCCAAUAGCUCCCGGCUGCAGAUUAAGAAGAUCUAAACAAACGGUUGAAAGAGCAAAGGUGGUGUUAGCUUCUGAUGAGGAAAAUACUUCUGAAUAUUCGCAUCCUCCGUCCAGUCAGUCCUCCACUUUAGAAAGCAAUCCAGAUGUUCAAAGAGCGUUUCGUGAUAUACAUGAUUCUCAAAAAAGGAAAGAAAUGGAUGACGCUUCUGACACAUCGAGUCAAUCAGAAACGGACGAGGUUAGUGAAGUUACAAUUGCAUCUCAACCGGCGAGUGGAACUAAAAAGAUAGAGAGCAGAGUAUAGACUAGUUUUUAGUGUAAUUUUUAUAUCUGAUUUGUGAACGAUUUAUAGCGUAGUUACUGCCCAGUGAAUUCGGUGAUUACAUCCUUCAUUCUGCAACUUGUGUUAAAUAUGUAGAUAUUUAUCUAUUCAUACCUGUACACACAUCUGACAUUGGCGCGCGCACACACAUACUAUACAUAUAAACAUAUGCAUGCAUUUAUGCAUCACACAUUACACACAUGUGCGCGCGCGCGCGCGUGCAUAUACAUAUAUAUUAAGAAAUAUGUAAUAUUAUUUAGAAGACAUAAGCAAACAAUUCUCAUACUCUGAGAUUCGACUCCUUACAUCUUAUUUGAAUAUGGUAAAUUCAAAUGAUUUUCGAAACAUGCUCGAUCAUUGUUUAACCAGCUGUCAACUGGUGGUAAAUUAGAUUAAUAUUGCUCAAGUUUGAGUUAUACUGAGAAUCUGUUCCGCAAUAUAUAUUGAGACAUAAGAUGAUUGUGACUUAGAUCUAUUGUACGAUUAUUAUAUCGCAAAUCUAAAUAUGAAAUAUGCUUCAAAGGGUAUCAUUCGCAAGUGCAGCAGUAACGUUAUUAGUAUUAUACGAAAUUGCUAUGUAUACUCAAGUUGAAGGGACGUAUAUUUAUUGUAUCUUGUACUUUGUGUUCACAGUUCCUUUUGAACACGCGCAUAUGUCAAUCUCGAGCUAUAAAUUUAAUUUCAUAAAUUUAACCGUGCAUAAACGACCCCCGUAGAAAUAAGUUUUCUAUAUGUUGAAAUGAAGGAGACGGUCCUCUCUUCACGGUGAAAAACUUCAUACAUUUUUCUCCCUGUGCAUUGUGUUUGUGUCUGAUGAAGUGAAAAGGCGGUUAUAGAUGGCCGUGCUUACAAGUGCAUCGGGCUAAUGAUAUUAUAUAAAUAUGCAAUUUAAAUGUGAGUUAGAGAUGCGCUCUUAGGGAAAAAGAACAAGAUCAAAUAAACCACCCCUCGAGACGGAAUAGAAUGUACAACAUAACAAUAACGAUUAUAAACGAGUUUUAUGACAUAAGUGCCUAUGGCAAUUUGCAUGCAGUACGUCGACCAUGACGAAUCGAAGUGUCUAGUGAAAGUUAGAAAAAUUGAUAAAAUGAUAAUACGCAAUUUAGUCUUUGAAGCAUGUAUUGAAAGAUAUUGUUGUACCCAUGUGAUCUUUUAUAUUUACAAUGAAUAUACACAUACGAAGAUACAGACGUUACAUAAACGUUAGACCGAAAACAAGAUGAAAAUUACAAAAAAUGUGAAAAUUCUCUUCUUCCCAAAGCUAUGCUCUAUUUACGAUAAUAGGGGAAAGUACUUUCUAUCCUGUUAUAUCCUGUACCUCUCGAGAAUAUGUAUGCUCAUACGUAAGGAACUUGACUUUAUCUUACAACCAACAAAAGUCAAGGAGAAUAUAAGUUUAGUGAUUGCGUACUUAUUGAUUUCAGCAUUUAUAUAUAAAUCUUUUUUGUAAAUUAUACACACAUACAUAUAUACAUACACCUCCAUAUACACACACUGUGUGUAUGCGUGCAUGAUGUGUGUGUAUAUAUAUGUGUGUAGUUUAGGAAGAGAACUGUAUUAUAUAAUAGUCGAAUGUGGUGCAGGUUUCAAGAGUUUCAAGAUGAAGCUCAAACAAUAGCAUUUGGACUGCACACGUGAACAUCAUACUCAUUCCGCGAAACUGGUAUUACUAAUUUAUCGUAAGCUCUAAAUGUCACAUACGCAUGUCUACGAAUUACUUGGUUACUUAAUUACUGGAAAAGGAAGGAAAAGAAAACAUGUUUUGCAUCGAUCUAUUGUACCUGCUUUGAAACUCAAAUUGCCUUAAUGACAAUUAUAUACAUCUGUAUCUGUAAAUAUAGACAAUACAACGGGAACCUAGUGUGUAAGAGAUAGAAUAAUGUUUUGAUGUGCUCAUUUGAACGAAAUAAUUCACAAGGCAUUUAGAGAUAAAAGAAGAAACAGACGAAGACAGAGAGAGAGAGGGGGGGGAUGUACUUUGUAGCAAUUAUACGUAUUGUAUCCAUCAUA